AUGAAGAAAGGGGAAAGUGCUCAGCUUCAACGAGUAAUAGGAUAUUUCCAUGGAACAAUUUUUUUAUUCAGCAUCAUAAUAGGAGCUGGGAUAUUUAUUGCGCCUAAAGGGGUGCUAAAAUUUACUUCACUUAAUGUGGGGAUCUCCCUAAUUAUUUGGGCUGCCUGUGCCAUUGUGUCCAUGAUAGCUGCUGUAAGUUAUGCAGAGCUGGGCACAACCUUCCCUCGAAGUGGUGCACAGUAUUAUUUCCUUAAAAGAUCUCUUGGAUCCAUCAUUGGUUUCUUCUAUCUCUGGAUUAGCCUAUUUAGUACCCCCGCAAGCCUGGCUGCUCGGGGCUUGUUACUAGCAGGGUAUAUUUUACAGCCAUUCUUUCCUGGUUGCUUGGUUCCUGAGAUGCCAAAGAAAUGUUUAGCGCUGGCCAUUUUAUGGUGUUUGGGAAUUCUGAAUGCUCGAGGAGUGAAAGAGGUGGCCUGGUUUCAGACUGUCACUACACUAGUGAAACUGACAGUUCUCUGCUUUGUAUCUGUAACUGGAGUUGCGCUGUUGGUAAGAGGAAGAAAAGAAAACUUAGCUAGGUUUGAGAAUGCUUUUGAUGCUGGCGUUCCAGACGCUUUGCAGAUUGCAGAAGCCUUCCUCCAAGGAUUGUAUGCAUAUUCAGGCUGGGGGAUUCUUGUUGGAAUAGCAGGAGAACUUAAAAACCCUAGUGUAAAUAUUUCCAGAUGUGUGAUUACCGCGCUUACACUUGUAGCAGUGAUCUACUUGUUGGUUAACAUUUCCUACCUAACAGUCUUGACUCCAAAGGAAAUCAUGUCUUCAGAUGCUGUUGCAGUCACCUGGAUGAACAGAAUAAUUCCUUCCAUGCAAUGGGUCAUUUCUAUUGGUGUUUCUUCCUCCAUCUUUAGCUCCCUUAAUUGUACUCUGUUCUCCUCAGCACGAGUGUUAUAUGUUGCGAGCCAAGAGCGUCAGCUCCCUUUCAUUCUCUCAACUCUAAAUAUCUAUUCCUGCCCACUUGUGGCUGUGAUUCUCAGGCUCAUCUUUGCCUCCAUCCUAGUUAUCCCCUCAGAUUUAAUUCUCUUAAUAAACUAUAUAGGAUUCACCAACUGGAUUGAACUAGGUCUUAUGAUGAUAGGUUUACUUAAACUAAGAUACCAGGAGCCCAACCUACCCAGGCCUUAUAAGGUGCGUCUGCCUCUUGUGUUUGGAACCUUAGCCAUGUCUUUGUUCUUAGUUUUGACACCAAUAAUCAAGUCUCCCACUAUGAGCCAUAUUUAUGUUCUUCUUUUCAUCCUCAGCGGACUUGCGCUUUAUUUGCCAUUUGGUCACUUUAAUUUGGACUGUGCAUAUUUUAACAACAUCACUUGUUUUUUACAAUUACUAUUGAAUGUCGCACCUGCUGAUGAUAUUAAUGAUUGUAGUUCAACAGAAGGAACAUUAAAGGAAAAGUCAUCUGAAAUCAUAACCAAAAAAGUCCCAGAAACGGGAGGUGUUGUCCAUGCCCCCAGGUCCACAGCAGAAUGCUGUAAUCCAAAACGUGAGUGUGAGUGGCACCAUUCGUAUGACAUUGGAACUGCCUUAGCCUUGGUCUGGUUCUGCAGGUUCCAGAAUGCAGGGUUGCCAUCAGAAGCUGAUUUUGGUGUCGAAGCUGUUCGACAGCGUAAAGCAAGCUGGAGCCGAAAAAGUCGGUUCAACCUUGAUGCGAGAUCUUCAGGCGGUGAGGGCGACGCUCCCAUUCCUGCCUCUCUUGGCACGGGAUGCGUCAACGCCCACCUCGACACCUGCAUCAACGCCAACUCCGACACCGACAGGGUCCCCCUUGGCAUCCCUGAACUGAGCCUGAGCAGCCACAGCCGGGCCAGCAGCCCCGUGGAUCAGCUGCCCAGCAGGUGA